AAAAAAAAACAAUGACUGUCACUAUAAGUAAAUAAUCUAUAAUAACCUAAAAAACUUGCUUUAUGUUUGAAAUAUUAGGAUAAAAUAUUUUUUUAAACUUGCAUAAUGAUGCACUGUAUAAGAACAGCUUUAUCAAUUGUCUGUCAGAAUAGAAACAAAGUAAUUUCUACUCAAACGUUAUUCAACGUCAAGCAGGUUACAAUUCGGCGAUGGUUUUCAUCUCAAAAAGAUGAUCCAGAUAUAAUAGUAGAUAACAUAUGUAACGGCGAUGCUGAACUUGAAAAGAAACUAAGGAUCUUAAUGUUGGAAGUUGAGGUGAUGCGUCAAGAUGGUAGACACGCUCCAGAUAACAUAAAAAAAGAUCAUUGGCAACAUUUAUUAAGCUUACCAUCUAAAAAUCAGCGGGCUUCCUACCUUAAAUAUUUGUUUAAAACGGAAAAAUCAAGAGAAAAUUUUAAGGCAAAGAAAGAAGCUAAGAAACUAAACAAUCCUGUGAUAAAACCAGAAGAUAACAAAGAAUAUGAAGAUGACCUUCUGUAUGGCAUACAACAUCAGUCAUUAUUCUUGCGCAUUCGAGACCAGUCAAUAAAUCAAUUUGACAAUUACAGGGCCCUUCAAGCUCUAACUUAUGGACAAUCUGUUGUUAUAGACUGCUCAUAUGAAGAUAAUAUGGUUUAUAAAGAAGCAUUAAAUGCUGCUAAACAAUUGACAUAUGUUUUUGGUGACAACAGAAUACACAAAGAACCUUUUAAUUUGCAUAUGUGUAAUGUCAACAUGGGUGGACACUUUAUGAAACAAAUGCGGAAAAAUAUUCCAUCAUUGGAUGAACCUUGGUUUCCACUUAACAUUCACACUGAAAGCUAUUUAGAAGUAUUUCCAAAGGAAAAACUGGUUUAUUUAACUCCUCAUUGCAGAGAAGAACUCAGUAAGUUUGAUCAUGAUGCUGUUUACAUCAUAGGAUGCAUGGUUGACAAGGUUAAUAAUGAACCACUCUCAUUAGCAAAAGCUAAAAGGGAUGGUAUAAAGAUGGCAAAGUUACCCUUGGACAGAUAUCUUGAGUGGGCGCCAGGUUCUAAGAAGAAUCUGAAUAUAAACCAUAUGGUACCCAUCCUAUUAGAUUUAAAGCUUACUGGUAACUGGGAGUAUUCUUUGAGGCAUAUUCCGAGAAGAAAACUGAUGGAAACUAAAAUAUUAGCUAUGCAGAGGAAAUUAAGCCAUAACCCUAAACUACAAAAUGAAGUUAUGAAAAAUUUCAAGCUGGCUAAACUGAACAAAUUAUCAUUUAAAGAAAAGAAUUUUGGUUCAUUUACGUUUAAAGAAAAGAAGAAUAAGUCUAAGAGGACACUGUAUGAUGAUGAAAAUAUAUAAAUUACCAAUUAAAACA